CACGAAACUAAUUAAGUUUAUCAUAUAUACUAUAUGAUUAGGUGGAGAGAAAUUUAGACCACUAUCUUCGACUUUAUCUGGUAGCUUUUUCCAAACAUAUGCACUUAUAUAAACACUUACUAUCCAAUAGUCUUCGAUGAUCAGUCUUCCCGUUCUGCUUCAAAAUAGCCUCAUAAGGCUUAUUUCUUCCCUCCUUUUGCUAAAUCUUCCUGUAAAAGUAAUAAAGAUGGUUAACCAUUGUUUGUUUGCAGUAAUCUUGCUGAUGGAGAUGAUAGUUAGUGGAAUGAGAUUUGGAGCAGAUGCUCUCAGGAUGGAUUAUUACAUAAUGGCUUGCCCAUUUGCCGAGGGAAUUGUGAAGAAUACGGUUAACAAUGCUUUAGAAACUGAUGCCACCUUGGCAGCAGCCCUUGUCAGAAUGCACUUCCAUGACUGCUUCGUUGAGGGAUGUGAUGCAUCAAUCCUUAUUGAUUCUACAAGGGACAACACUGCAGAAAAGGACUCUCCAGCAAAUUUGAGCUUGAGGGGCUAUGAAAUCAUCGAUGAUGCAAAAGAACAGCUUGAAAAUCAAUGCCCAGGCAUCGUUUCAUGCGCUGAUAUUGUUGCAAUGGCUGCAAGAGAUGCUGUUUUCUUUGCUGGCGGUCCAGUGUAUGACAUACCAAAAGGAAGAAAGGAUGGAAGAAGGUCAAAGAUAGAAGACACAAUCAACCUGCCUCCACCCACCCUAAAUAGUUCAGAGCUAGUCAUGAGGUUUGGGCAGCAUGGCUUUAGUGCUCAGGAAAUGGUAGCAUUAUCUGAACUUUUUCCGUACGCUGGGGCGCAUACUUUGGGAGUGGCAAGAUGCUCAUCAUUCAAAAAUCGAUUGAGUAAUUUCGACUCCACUAAUGACAUGGAUCCAACAUUAGAGACAACUUUUGCAAAGACAUUGUCCGAAACAUGCAGGGCAGGCGACAAUGCCGAACAAGUCUUUGAUUCGACCCGAAACACUUUUGAUAAUGACUAUUACAACGCACUGCAAAGGAAGGCUGGGGUACUUACUUCUGACCAAACCUUGUAUGCAAGCAUGAAAACUAGGGGAAUUGUCAAUGCUUAUGCCAUGAACCAAGCCAGGUUUUUCUUCGAUUUCCAGCAAACCAUGGUGAAAAUGAGCAGGCUCGGUGUCAAAGAAGGUUCCAAAGGAGAAAUAAGAGAAAACUGUCGUAAAACAAACUGAUGAGUAAAGCUGCUUUAUGUUUGGCUAUAGUACGUGUAGUGUAUUUCUUUAACUUAACAUGAUGGAUUGUGUGAAACUAUGGAGUCCAAACAUAUAUAUGGACAUAUUAUUAUCUACUAAUAUUGAUUCUUGCAUGUACCUCUAAUACAUAUAUUACACUUUUAUGUUUUUUUGAGCUUGGGACAUUUGGUUUAUAAAACGUGAAAAAAUCACAGAUCUAUAGUAUCUUCUGUAAUCAAAUUGUAUCAUUCGUUGACGAAGCAAGGUAAUCGACAUA